CAAAAAAAUAUACACUGCAUGAUACUGUACAUUUGUAAUUUGUAUUCAUAUAACAUAAUAUAGUUUUAAUCUUACCUGUGCGCGGCCUCUCCGACCUUCGUCACCCGUUACAAAGAGCUUCUCCUCCUCCGAUCUUUUAUACGACCGGCUCCCGUAGACGCUGCGUGCCUCCACCACUACACCACAAUCCAGUACAUGACGGCCGCCGACGAACCGCUGUGCGCCGCGAGCCGCCAGGCCGUUUCGUAAAUUUGUGAUUAUAAUAUCAUAUCACACGCACGCACGCACCCGCCUUCAUCUCUUAUUCACGUUGUUAUUAUUAUUAAUAUUAUUCGUUUCGCAGCGUCGUCAUUCUCGCUCGGCGAAGCCGAUGUUAAUUUGUUUCUCACUACAUCCAUUUGCCCGACGUCGUCACAAUUAAACCGCCGAAGUAUCAUCAGAGUAAUACGCGGUUCCGUUUGUCGUAACGCAUCGAAAGCUGUUUGCUGUCACUGUCCUUGCCCGACUUAUCCUAGUACGGUCCGUAAUCAUGCUUUGGUGCAGCGUCGCAGGACCAAUGUGGACCGACUGUCAACAUAAGUCGUCUUGAAUCUCUCAGUGAAAUUACUAUGGACAAACACCAGAAAAACAAUUAUUCUUCUAGUACAACCGAAAAGAGAAGUCCAGAAAAAAAGAAUGAAAAAUUACUAUCAAACCUUGGUUAUGGAAAUAUUUUAGUUAAAACAGAAUCAAACAUUAUGAAUAAUAGAGUUAAAGAUUCUAUUAAUUCAAUUAAACCAGCUGUGCUGACUGAUCAAGACAUUAAUAAUUACAUAUUAAACUGUGUUUCAAAUUUAAAAGUUAGUGAUCCAAAAUCUCCAACACAUUCCAAGUUAUUUCCAUUCAAAUCAAUGGAUUUAUCUAACUCAACAGAUAGAUUACAAAGCAAUAAUUCUAUAGAUAGUAUAAACAGUACUAACAAUUUGUAUCUACAUUCCAACAUAGAUCAAGGUAAAUAUCCUAGAAACAACAUGACAUUAAAACCUUCAUUAUCAAGUCCACCACCAUACUGCACAUCAAUAGGAAGUAGAGAAUCGCCAAGUCCUCGUGCUAGUAUUGGGUCUAUUAGUCAUGAAUUAAAAUCGUCACCUUUGUAUGAGAAUGUUGAUUUUUAUAAUGAUGGUCGCUCUUCAACUCAAACUCCUACAUAUUAUCAUCAAAGACCUAGACCUGGUUCACAUUCCAGCGGUGGAUCUCAAGACUCAAGACAUUCCAGCCCUAGAACUAGUAUAGUUUCUUGUGAAGGUUCUUCAGCGCUUUAUGAAUCAAAUUAUCGUAAAGCCCAACCUCAAGUUCCAGUCAGCUAUCCCAAAUACAUUCCACCUAUGGGAAAAGAAGUUCCACCUUAUGAAGCACCACCUAUUUAUGAAACUUUAUCUGAUAGUAAUAAAAAUUUGAAUUCUUAUGAACCUGCUAAACCUGGUCCACAAGUACCCACACAAUCUAUUGGUCAUAUUAGCCGUUACCCAGCUCAACAUGCUACACCAUACAUAAAACCCAUACCUACUAUUGUUCCACAAGCAAUAAAAGCCUUAUCAGAGUAUGCAUCUCAAUCAGAUUCUCAAAACAUGAGAUCAUAUAGUUCCGCAAAUAAUGUAAGCUAUUCUCAAGAUCCAGUAACACCAAAAUCAACCACAUCAGUAGAAUCACAAAUGUGUGUAGUAGGGCAACCAGCACUUGCCGAAUCUAGAUCUCAAAAACAACAUAAUACCAUGCCUAAAAUUUUUCAAACAACAUCAACAUAUCAACAGGAGUCACCAAUACACCAUAGCAAAUUAACACGGACUUCACCAACACCUCCUUUACCUAUUAAAAUUAAACAACCUGCUAAAAAUCUUCUUCCAUAUAAUGUUACUCCACCUCGACCAAUGGGACCAACAGAAGCGGAAAAGAAAAUUGAAGAACUAACUAGACAGUUAGAAGAACAGAUGGAAACUCAAGAUGUUGCUGUUGGUGGAGAAUAUUUUGGGAUAUGCCAUACUUGUGGUAAUAAAGUGACUGGUGCUGGUCAGGCUUGUCAAGCAAUGGGAAACUUGUAUCACACUAAUUGUUUUAUAUGUUGUGCUUGUGGUCGCGCACUUCGUGGUAAAGCAUUCUAUAAUGUUUAUGGAAGAGUGUACUGUGAAGAAGAUUACAUGUAUAUAGGAUUUCAACAAACUGCUGAGAAAUGUUCAAUAUGUGGGCAUUUAAUAAUGGAAAUGAUUUUACAAGCUAUGGGAAAAUCAUUUCAUCCUGGUUGUUUUCGAUGCUGUGUUUGCAAUGGUUGUUUGGAUGGAAUACCGUUUACAGUGGAUAUUGAUAAUAAAAUUUACUGUGUUGCUGAUUACCAUAGGAAAUAUGCUCCUAAAUGUGCAUCUUGCGGAAAAGGAAUUACACCAGUUGAAGGUACUGAGGAAACUGUAAGAGUUGUAUCAAUGGAUAAAGAUUUUCAUGUUGAUUGCUUUAUUUGCGAGGAGUGUGGAAUGCAAUUAACGGAUGAGCCUGAUAAAAGGUGUUAUCCAUUAGAUUCUCAUUUAUUAUGCAGAUCAUGUCAUAUAACACAUUUAAAUGAAAAUACUCCUGAAUUAGAGAGUGUUUCAGCUACAUACGAAUAUUUAGAUUGAAGAUUUGAAUAGCUGAUUAUCAACAUCAAAUUUCAUCUAUUUAAGGCUACUUAUUAACUAAGGACAAAUUAUAAUUAAAUCUUCAUAAUUGUAUUUCAUUACAAAUAUUAAUAAUUGAAAGGUAGUUAAAUUUCUUUUAAAUACUUACUAAAAUAACAUAAUAUGGAGACCGACUAGGAACAUGACAUUUAUCAACAUAACAUUUUAUGUUUAUACUAAAUUAACUUAAUUUAUUUUGGAGUAUUUAAUAGUUUAUAAUAAAAAACCUCGUCCUAUAACAUUUAGUGGUUAGCUUAUAGGGUACAUUUAUUUAAAAAAAUAUUCAUUAGAUUGAAUACUUUAAUAGUAAUUAUAUAUAAAAUGAA